AUGGCAAAGACAGCGGUGACAGAUCGAUCUCGUCCUCCUCCUCCUUCUUUUCCACCCUUGCCAGCAUCGGUCUAUCGAUGGCAACCAAUACCUAUCACUGCUACUACUCCUUCUACUUCUACUUCUACUUCUACUUUUACUUUUACUGCUAAUAGUAGUAGUAGUAGUAGUCAUUUGUACAUCAGUACUACCAUUUCUGGACGAUACAUGUGCAAAGCGCGUAGAAGUAGAAGGAGUCACUAA